UGUGUGUGUGUGUGUGUGACAGCUGCUGCGUGUGUGUGAGCUCAGCUCAGUAAAGCUUCAUCUCUAAUAGGAUGAGCAGCCGCUCGCGCGUCUAGCUGAAUGCGCCGCUCAUUGUUCGCUUCGCCGUUCCUCUGCUGUUUCCGCGGAUCGAUCGAUCAGUGAUCGGGAUUCUCAUGGAUCUAUCGAUGUGAAGAAGGUGUCAAACGCGGCUGAAGUUCAGAAGUGAUCGAGCGGAGCGGCAGGAGGCAAUCAUGCGGUCGCAGGCCUUGUUGCUGUAUUUCACCGUGCUGCAGACGGCCGGAGCCGCUUUCCCAGAAGACACCGAGCCAAUCAGCAUUUCACACAGCAACUAUACCAAACAAUAUCCAGCGUUCGUGGGACACAAACCGGGAAGAAACAACACGCAGCGGCACAAACUGGACAUUCAGCUGAUCGUCAUCAUGAACCGGACUCUCUAUGUGGCCGCGAGGGAUCACAUUUACACGGUGGACAUCGAGACGGCUGACACAGAGGAGAUCUUCUUCAGUAAGAAGCUGACGUGGAAGUCCAGGCAGGCCGACGUGGACACCUGCAGGAUGAAGGGAAAACACAAGGACGAGUGCCAUAACUUCAUCAAGGUCCUGCUGCAGCAGAGCCACGACUCUCUGUUUGUGUGCGGAACCAACGCCUUCAACCCGUCCUGUCGGACCUACAAGAUGGACAGUCUGGACGCUGUGGGCGAUGAGAUCAGCGGUAUGGCACGCUGCCCAUACGAUGCCAAACAUGCCAACGUGGCCCUGUUCGCCGAUGGGAAGUUAUACUCCGCCACAGUCACAGACUUCCUGGCGAUCGAUGCGGUGAUCUACCGCAGUCUGGGCGACAGUCCGACCCUCAGGACGGUCAAACACGACUCCAAAUGGCUGAAAGAGCCGAAUUUCGUCCAAGCCAUCGAUUACGGCGAGUUCAUCUACUUCUUCUUUCGGGAAAUCGCCAUGGAGUACAACAGCAUGGGGAAGGUGGUGUUUCCGCGAGUGGCUCGCGUGUGUAAGAGCGACCUCGGCGGCUCUCAGCGAGUGCUGGAGAAGCAGUGGACGUCCUUCCUGAAGACGCGGCUCAACUGCUCCAUCCCUGGAGACUCGCACUUCUACUUCAACAUCCUGCAGGCCGUCACCGAUGUCAUCCACAUCAGCGGUCGCGACGUGGUCAUGGCCACCUUCUCCACGCCGUACAACAGCAUCCCGGGAUCAGCCGUCUGCGCAUACGACAUGGCGGAGAUCGCAGCGGCCUUCACCGGACGCUUCAAAGAGCAGAAGUCACCCGAUUCCACCUGGACGCCCGUCCCAGAGGAGAAGGUGCCCAGACCCAGGCCAGGCGUCUGCGCAGGAUCUUCUUCUGGAGAGAAAUUCAAAGUGUCCAAUGAGUUUCCGGAUGAAACGCUGAACUUCAUCAAGCUUCACCCACUGAUGGACGAAGCCGUUCCUUCCAUCGCCAAUCGGCCGUGGUUCCUCAAGACGAUGGUCCGGUAUCGUCUGACUCGUAUAGCCGUGGAUAACGCCGCCGGCCCUCAUCGCAACCACACCGUGGUUUUCCUGGGAUCGGAGCGAGGAAUCGUGCUGAAGUUCCUGGCCAAGAUGCGGAGCGGCUUCCUGAACGACAGCCUGUUUCUGGAGGAGCUGAGCGUCUACAACCCAGAGAAGUGCAGUAUUGACGGCGUGGAGGACAAGCGCAUCAUCAGCAUGCAGAUCGACAGCAGGAGUCACUCUCUGUUCGUGGCCUUCUCCUCAUGCGUGGUCAAAGUCCCGCUGUCCCGCUGCGAACGGCACGGCGAGUGUAAAAAGUCCUGUAUCGCCUCCAGGGACCCCUACUGCGGCUGGGUGUCAGAGGGAGCCUGUAAAGAAAUCUCAUCGGAGCCGAAAUGGCCAUUCGAGCAGGACGUGGAACAGGGCAACACAGAUGGACUGGGCGACUGCCAAAAUUCGUUCGUGGCUCUCAAUGAGCAUCAGCGCAGGCAGCAGGGUGUGAGCGAUAUUACCCAGAAUGCUGCACGCGGCCUCCUCACCACCGUCCCUCCUCCCUCCGGCGGAGGCCCGCUGCUCCGGGACCGCAUGGUCAAGCCAAAGGAGGCUGAGCUGCCGGGCGAUCAGAGUGACCCGUAUGUGGCCGCUCCCUCAGACACGCAGCAGAAGAGCGCUGGAGUGAUCCGUGAGACGUACCACCGAGACCGCGAUCAGAUGGUUCCCGUCACACUCCUGGCCAUCGCCGUCAUCCUCGCCUUUGCCAUGGGCGCCAUCUUCUCAGGCAUCGUGGUCUAUUGCGUGUGUGACCACCGCCGGCGGGACUUCGAGCUGCCCGGCCGCAAAGACAAGGACUCGGUCCAGUCCAGACGGGGCUCCAUGAACAGUGUCACCAAGCUGACGGGGCUCUUCGAGACACAAGCCAAGGACGGACGGUCAGAAGCCAUUAUUACCCCACUCAUGCACAACGGCCGCUUGACCAAUGGCAAGAUGCUCAUCAAAGCCGAACAGCAAAUGGAUCUGACCGCCCUGCCCACACCUGAGGCCACGCCCAUGCAGCUGCGGCGCAAGCCCAGCCGGGGCAGCCGCGAGUGGGAGCGCAACCAGAACCUGAUCAACGCCUGCACCAAAGACUUGCCCUCCAUGGGCUCUGCGGUCAUCCCGACGGACCUGCCUCUGCGGGCGUCUCCGGGCCACAUCCCCAGCGUGGUGGUGCUGCCUUUGCCCCAACAGCAGCAGGCCUACCAGCACGAGUAUGUGGAGCAGCCGCACCGCGGAGACCUCGCAGAUGACCAGGCUGCCACCCUGGAGUACAAGUCCCUCAAGAGCCCGUGUCACAGCCUCAGCCUGGCGGACGGUGAUGGCGCACCGCCACGUGUCCCACAGCGAGAGGCAUCUCUGAGCGCCGUGGUCCUGCCGGCCGUCCCACAGAUGGGCAAGAGGCUGGAUGUGCAUUUGUCCGUGUACGGCCGUGGCUAUCCAAUGAGCUCGGGCCUCAAGAAACAGCACAACACCAACUCGUCCAACUCAUCCCACAUGUCCAGGAACCACAGCUUCCGUGUGGAGACGCCUCCUCCGCCCGCUCCGCAGCGUGUGGACUCCAUGCACGUCUGCUCCCCGCCGCCGGUCCUCGGUCUGUCGCGUCACCCCAGCCUGAGCUCGUACGGCUCUCUCUCCAGGCAUCUCAAGCCUGACGUUCCUCCUAAACCAUCACUGGUGUCCCUUUCCACGAAGGUCAAGUCCAGUGACUCCUGCACAUAAUCGAUCACAGCGGGAUAAAAGAUGGGGAAUGUGAAAGUGUGUCUGCUUUGUGCAGCUGUGUACAGGAAAUGCAACUCACUUUUUUUGUUUUGUUUUGUAUAUUUUGUAAUACACGUCGAGCUCAGGCUGAUGAGGGCGAACAUCUGGGGCAACUCUUGGAGAUUUCGUCCAGUGGCAGCAUUGUUGCCGAUGGUCAUUUUCUGCCAAAAGCACAUUGGAGACGGGCGCAAUUGUCGAGUCCUGAAGCUACGAGACGCCCCGGUUAUCAAGCACUUGGACACACAGCGAGUUCAGACGGGAACAGCUGCUGGAGCUUACCUUGGAAAACUGUGAAAAGCCGCCAUUGAGUAAAAGCAAUCGAGUUCUGCCUUCGUGCAAGAGUUCAACACGUCUACUGAAACUGUUGACUAAAUAACACAUGACUGUUAAUACUAAUAGCAGGUUGUAUUUAUUUUUUAAUAAAGUGCUUUUGCAGAAAGAGCAUCUCUUUUAGGCUCAAAUGAAAGGGGAACGAUGUUUUUAAUUUGAAUUAAUCAAGUGUGAAAUUAUUUAAAGUCAUUAAACUGGAGCCAGUACUUCUGUCCACUAACUCUUGGGACGUUGCUAAGCAAAGUCAGAGAUGACUCCGGAAGCCUCCGUAUGGAAGGAGUUAUCUCGAGCCGUGCCAGAGGGGCUUGUGGGUACAGCUUACAGCCCACAGACAGGAACUCCUGAAUCUCACCUCUUCAUCAUCCGAGUGCCAUUCUCGCCGCACUUGAGACGCUUUCAAUCGUAGUCCCGUCCACACGGCCCUUUCGCCGAAUCAUUUCAGCCUGUUUUUCUCCUUCCACCUGUAAAUUUGUGCCUUACACCCCUGAGUAGUGAAGCGUUUGUUAGCUGUUAACUGUCGUAGUUCUUAUGAUGACGUUUCGUUUGAUUAAAAAAGAAACAAAAAAACACGUAAUUGAAGAAUGUAGGUGUUGUCGUCGUCGACUAUGGUCCCUUUGAUAACCACAAAUGACUUUGUGCUUGAUUUCUGAUUGUGCCAAUCACGAUUCUCGUCGUGCUGGAAGAAUGUUUUUUUUUCUUUUCUUUGUCCUUUUUUACUUUUCACCAAGUCAAGAUGAUGUUUUACACUGUUUGUAGAUGACUUGUUGUGUAUCUGUGGAUCGGGCUGCUUCGAGGCAAUAAGAGAAAAACACACGAACGAUCCAGAUAUGUUUCUCCCAAACACACACACACACAAGCUUUCUAAUGUAUACGAUCAAACACAGUUUUUAGGCAGUGAAUACAGGCUGGCUCCUGUGUAGAUAUGCACUCCAAUAAUAUUAGGAAACAGAUUAAUGUUUGUGACAGAUACCGAUUAAUAUAAUUUUCUAGCUCUAUGGUUGUGAUGUAAUAUGAGGGAUUGUUAUUGAACUAUUUUGGCACACGUUUUAUUGAACUUGACGUCCAGGAAUCUAGUUUUGGCUUAUUUGUAGAUGUUGAAUUCACCCGAUUCUCUGAAUUUAUCCGGCCGCAGCGAACAGAGCUCGAGGUUUCCAUGCUGGUGCCUUUCUAGACUUUGGAAUUGGAGUUUGUUCUCUUGUAUGAUAUGGUUUCGUCACCGGCCCUCUCCCACAUCUGAUUCACAGCUAAAUGUAUGUUGUAAAGAAAUUCUCUUUAAUAAAUGGAAAAAAGUAAUAAAAACAUUUCAGAUUCUUGUCGCA